ACUCCCCCCAGGCCGACCUCAACUACGGAGGUGGUAGAAAACAGCGCUACCGGCAGCGUCCGGGCGGGUCUGCAGUCGGUUCUGGCGACCGUAAACAAGCUUCGGUCCAAUUUGGAGGAAUGGUCACCAGACACGGGACUUUUCAAAAGUGGCGCGACAGAACUGGUCAGGCGUAUUCGUUGCGGUACGCGGGCUGCUAUAGUGAAAACUACAAACCAGCGGAAGCAGUCGACUAGUUCGGCAGCGGGUGGUGCCUACAGCCGCGCGGAUGAGGAGGACUACAAAGUUGAUCGUGACAGGUGUGUUGAGGCCUGCACGAGGACAAUCGAAGGAGGCAAGGCCACAUUGAGCGAGCUAGCCGUCAUGCUUGAGCACAUGAUUAGGGCACUCGAUGACUCGGCAACUGGGGAGUCCCCUUCAAUGCAGGUGACUCUUGCAAUGCGUCGCCUCCGGGAGACCGUCUACGAGAUUGUGGAGGGUGCGAAGCAGAUGCCCGGUGGCAGCCAAUCCGUCGAUUCACCUACUUCUUCGCCUAAAGCCUCCGCAUGGAAACCGGCUCUACCAGCCCGUCCGGCCUCACGGGUCACAGCUCCGGCCGCUGCUGCGACCAACCAGACGACGGAUACCAACCUACUCUCAACCCGUUCGCAACUAGCUGAGAGUAUCGCCAAAGCAGAAGAAAUCGCCACGGAUGUGGGCGACGCGGCCGGCACACAGGAGUUGAGGGGUUUCACAAGUGAAAUUGAGAACUCUGUACAGAAACUGGUGCAGCUGCAAUCCAGAGCCUCAAUGCGAGGUGCUGUCUUAUUUGAUCUAUUUGACACGGAAUAUGAGUGGAAAUUGCAGGUCAGAGUCCUCACGGCCAGUCCUCGCAUAAGAUCGGACGAUCAGUAG